AUGGCCACUCCAUUGAUAUCGACUCCGGUCCACCAUGGACUGUUUUCAUCCAAGACCGCUGGCGGCCGCAUGCCUCUCACACCAUCUCCCCACACACGAAGAGCGAGUGUGGCAUCAAAUCAUUCAUCUCCCUUCACCCCUCCUCGUCAAUCGGCAGAUGCCGUGAAAGACAACAGCCGAUCGGUCUACGGCGGCAAUCUGUCCUCAUACUUUGCUAAAUCGAUCGCGAAGACAUCAAAAACUUACCGCGAAUCUCCCAAAUCCAACAUUGCGAGGACGCGCAAGUCACCGAGGCAUCUCGAGCUUGGUGUUUCAGACUGGUCCUUGACCGGCACAGGUCCCUCGUCGGGGCAGUCUCCAUCAUCGAAAGAGCGAGUGCGGAAAGAAGUUUCUGCUCGCACAAGGUCGGGCAAGACCACCGUUCGCAUCGCUCACAAUGCUGGUGACAGAUUCAUCCCCAACCGAUCCGCAAGUGAAGGACUGACAACAGCUGGGACUGCCAAGCCGGAGGAGAACCAGCGGCCUAAGACGGGUAGCAGUGAAGGAUCCGCCGUCCUUGCAAGUGCCGCGAGCGCCUUCGACAUCGGAGGUCGAGGAGCCGACGAUGAUCUGACUGCUGCUCUUGAAAAUCUCGGUCUCGAGGACAAUGACAAUUCAACAACAUCGUACACCAAGCCCGCACCUGAUGCUGUCGCCUACGAAUCGUCACUGGCUGACGCCUGCGGCGUCAAUUUGAACACCCGCAUUCUCGCCUUCAAGCCACCGCCUCCGGAAUCGUCAAAGCCGAUUGACUUGAGAGCACAGUACAAUCGUCCAUUGAAGUCAAGCAAAGCCAAAGGUUCUCAGUUCCGUCGCAGAGUCCAGACCGCUCCUGAGCGUGUAUUGGACGCUCCUGGUCUUCUUGAUGACUACUAUCUCAAUUUGCUGGACUGGAGCUCUGGCAACCAGGUUGCUAUUGGUCUUGAGCGCAAUGUCUAUGUGUGGUCUGCGGAUUCUGGAUCUGUCAGUUGCUUGUUAGAAACUUCAUCAGACACAUAUGUAAGCAGUGUCAAAUGGAGCGGCGAUGGCGCAUAUGUUGGUGUUGGUCUCGGCACGGGAGAGGUGCAGAUCUGGGACGUGGAGGAAGGCACCAAGCUCCGAAGCAUGUUUGGUCAUGACUCCCGUGUCGGCGUCAUGGGCUGGUCCAAGCACACAUUGUCGACUGGCGCGCGCAGCGGUCUCGUCUUCAACCACGAUGUUCGCAUCGCUCAACACAAGGUUGCCGAGCUCGUCUCCCACACCUCAGAAGUGUGUGGUCUUGAAUGGCGAUCCGAUGGGGCUCAACUCGCCACCGGCGGUAAUGACAACCUGGUCAACAUCUGGGAUGCGCGGUCUCUGAGUGCUCCCAAGUUUACCAAGACAAACCACCGUGCGGCUGUGAAAGCUCUGAGUUGGUGCCCUUGGCAGUUGAACCUACUCGCGACUGGUGGCGGCUCGUAUGACCGUCACAUCCACUUCUGGAACACCACCACCGGUGCCCGGACCAACAGUAUCGAUACUGGCUCACAGGUCACCAGCUUGAGAUGGAGCAACCACUACCGAGAGAUUGUCAGCUCAAGCGGAUUUCCUGACAAUUCUCUGAGUAUCUGGAGCUAUCCCACCCUGGUCCGUAACGUAGAGAUUCCGGCUCAUGAGACACGAGUUCUUCACAGCUGCCUGAGCCCCGACGGUCAAUUGCUGGCCACUGCCGCUGCUGAUGAGAGUUUGAAAUUCUGGAAGAUCUUCGAGCGCAAGCCUGGUACCAGUGCCUCGGCGUCUCGGGAAGGUGGCGUUGGAAGCAAAGCUCAGAUGACAAAGUCUAUGACCAUUCGGUAG